CAGCCACUCUAUGGCACUAUUCGCUAGCCCCACUAUGGGAACACGACGGGAGUGAUGGGAGUACACAAAGCAAAGUUAGUUCUUUAUCCUAUGCACAAAGCCACAAAGCGCGCUACGCGAACUGCCGUACGACCGUCGUUAAGCAAAUGAGAAUGUCAGCGGUGACUCACUUUUUCCGGCACGUUGACCCUCCGUGGAUCGUCGUAGUGUUCUGCCGAAUCUGCAUCGCUGCCGUAUUGCCGCAGUCAGGUUAUGUGCACCCUGAUGAGUUCUUCCAAAGCACCGAAGUCGUUGCAGGUGAUCUGUUCGGGCUCAAGGUUCAUCGGACAUGGGAGUUCACCAGUCCGUACCCUAUACGUAGUAUGACCACCAUCUGGAUGACCACUCUUAUACCGCUGUCAAUUCUAAAGUGGAUGUGGUCAUGUGUAGCCACAGCUGGGACAUUGCCGUCGCCGAUACUGCUUCUGAUGGUCCCGCGGAUAUUUGCUUGUGCUGCAUCAUUGGUCUGCGAUUAUGCCAUUUACCACCUGGCAGCACCGCCUGCGAAACGGAAAAGACGCUUCAAGGCUCUUAUAUUUUUUAGCAGCUCCUAUGUGACAUGCGUGUUCUACGCGAGAACAUUCAGUAAUUCCAUUGAAUCGUAUCUUCUAGCACUGCUGUUGCUCUGUGUAAACAAUGUCAUGCACAAUGACCAACUGAAGCUCAAAGAUGCACGCGUAAAAGUAUCGCGGAGGUACUGUUUCAUAGCAUUUUUGCUGUGCAUUGGGACAUUCAACCGGCCCACUUUCAUUUGCUUUGCCCUGCCAGCCAUUGUCUUCUGGUUGUGCAGCAGAGUCGACCGCAACGUUAAAACCAAGAAACGGCGCACACGUGCCCAAAUAGCACAUAAACUUGCAAAACGUGUAGCAAAGCUUGGCAUGUGUUUCUUACUAUGGGCUCAAUAUCCCAUCAUGUUGGAUACUUUUUACUUUCACCCCGAAACUUUCUCCCGUGACGGCCCCCGGCGUCUCAUUGUGGCACCACUGAACUUCAUUCUUUACAAUCUCGACACAGCCAAUUUAGAGUUGCAUGGGAGGCAUCCCAACUUCCUGCACCUCCUCGUCAACUUCCCCCUUCUGUUCAAUGUCCUUGCAAUCCCAGCCCUCUGGGCCUCCUGCAAGGUUCUAUACGACAAGUUGCUGCGUACUUCAAGACCAGUGUGCCCUGAAACUCUCACGGUCUCCAAGACAUUCGACGCGGUCGCUGCCAGCACCCUUCUACUUCCAUUAUGCGCCUUGUCACUUUUCAAGCACCAGGAACCACGCUUCCUGGUGCCCCUGUUGAUCCCAGUGGUUCUCAUGGCACAGCGGCAUUCCUCAACAAAACUGAUGGAGUUCUGCUGGGGUUUACCUAACGUUCUCCUCAUGGUUUUCUUUGGCUAUUUGCACCAGGGUGGCUUGAUUCCAUGCAUGGUAAACGUCCAUGGGCAUCUCGCACAGUACGAGCCAAACGUGAGCGCUACGAUCAUGUUCGCCCACACAUACAUGCCACCUCGUCAUCUGCUGACCGUGAAGGAAGACAGUGCCGCGGUGGACAUUGUCGACAUGAUGGGCACCAACUUGAAAGGGUUCGACCUGAUGCUUUAUUUCAUUCAACAUCGGACUUCCUUGAACUAUCUCGUUGCACCACCUUCAUUCGUAGAUUCCGAGAUGGAAUUAUGGAAAGAUCACUUGCACAUACUGUGUUCCUAUAAACACUUCAGCAGUGAACACCUCCCGCAUUUUAGCUAUGCAGACUAUCUCCAUGGAAGGGUGUCGCUCUCAGAUUUAACCAAGGCCUUGACACUGAAUGUGUACUUGGUGCAGCUUCCAAAGUGGUGAUGGCAAUGUGCUCGUGACCAUGUGGUGUUAGAAACAUUACUUGUGCUUUGCUGCACAUUGCAGAGAAGUGCAUUUUGAGUCUGUAGUGUGCUUGUUUCAUCGUGUGGCUGUCAGCAAAAUGCACAUGCAUGAAAGAAGUUGCAUCUUUUCGUGUGGACACAAUAAUUGUGUUAAUUAACAUAGGAACUCUGUCAUGUGUGCUCAGUAUGGCAUCUUCUUCAUUGAGUAAUUGUUAAUGUUUAGACAAGGCAGCAGUCUUCCUGGCUGGUGGUGCUAUACGCCCCAUACGUUAUCAAUUGCAGUGUCGGCAGUCCCACAUUUGCAACUCCCCACUUCGCUCUUGGACUUUACCAGUUUUGUUUCGGUUUUCUAUAUCUCGAGAGAGGCUGGGAUGUCAUUGGCCUUUCAUGGACAGUCAUAUAGCAUAAUAUAAACCUGUUCCUGUACUGCGCAAGAAUAUGGCUGUGUGAUGCAAAGCUUUGUCAUUGAAGCUUACCACUCGUAUUUUUAGUUUGGCAAUGUUGAAUUUACAAACACUGUCCAUUUAUUGCGAGGGACCACAUUGGAUAACCUGCUGCUGUGCCCGAAAGUACAUUUUGGUGCUGUUUUGGUUUGUGUAAUUUAAAGACUGUCUGGAACACCACAUCGAGUUCUGUGUUUCAUGCACUCUGUGUUGCAACAAACAAAUGAAAUGCAAAAGUACGAAGUGGAACACUUCUUACAAGUAACUCGGGGGCCAACAUUGCGCCUCUGCAUAUCCAAUAACCAAAAAUAGUGUAGGUCCCAAACUAAGCACACAAGCCGUAAUUCAUGCCAGUAUCGCAUGAAGCAGCAAAAGCAGAAAUGAAAGAGCACAUUCUAGUUCACCCCAACUUAUUUGCUCUUCAUUUGCCAAUAGUAGUGCCUAACCUCCUGAUUAGUUACUGGUAUCCCAUUGCACUAAGUAGUUCCAAGUUCAGCUUCCCAAAAAUGUGGUGUUGUACUACAGGAAAUGCCUCCAUUAUAUUAUUUGUAUGUUUCAAGCAGUGCAAAUAUGUUUUGUCACGGCCCUCACAUAGACAGUGCACCCACAUAGCUCUAGCCUAUUUACAUCAACACCAUCACCUUUGUCUCGCCUGUUCAUACCAUGGUCAUAUAUUUUCUUGCCUUUUUCUCGCUCUCCUCCUCUUGGGGCAUUUUCGUCCCUCCUUCCGUAUGCAGAAUAGCAUGCCUGUGCGCCAGCAGAAUUCUCUGCACUUUAUUAAAGAGCUUUCUCUCUUGAAGGGCCGCGCUAACAUGUUGAAAGUAAACGCCCGAGUAAGACAGUGUAAAUACAUAAGUUGCAAGGACGCCAAACAAGGGACCAUUCCAUUUCUUGACCAAGAAAACGUGAACCAGCAGUGUCUUGUCCCUACAUGUCUUCCUGUCAUCACAAACCACCUAGCCAGUGUCCUUUGGCUUGCCCAUCAUUCGUUUUAAAGCUUGUUUUUGGAAAAAUUUACGGUUUUAUUCCCUAUUUCCUGAGAAACCUGUAUCUGUUUCCUUUGUAGCUUUGUGCAACUCUCAGGUAGAUGACGUUCUUCUUUUUCAUGAAUCUUCCCCCACAUUGCAGGUUUCGGUGAAAAUGACUUGCCAUGUCCGGUGUCCUCAACUUCGAGUUGCUCACAGAUUCACCUUUGUUAUGCAAUCUGCUGUCCUUCUCGUUAGAUCUGACAGUAGAGCAACUGCACCAGAAAGGGAUUGGUCCCAAAUUCGGUCCCAUAUUGAGCGACUAGAAUGUGCAGCACAACUAGAUGACAACAGAGAAAGAAGACGACAUGCAUGUGGUGCGGCUUUUAGCAACACAUCUUUGUUUUCGUUGGUACACAGUAUAUACUGAGUGCUUCACGUAACCUGAACCGUAGGUGUAUCUACCGGGUGGGCGGGAGGACAAGUUCACCAGGGGGGCCACCAGCAGCAGCAUGUGCGUGAUAAUAGCAAGAGCUUGGUCACGCAACCCACCGCCCCAUUCCAAAGGGGACGCUCAUAACAUCCAUCCAUCCAUCCAUGCGAGGAACCGUGGCCCCAGUGAAGGCUUCCUCGGUGCGUCGGUUGGCCCCCCUUCUGACACGGUAGAUGCGCCUAUGGUUCAUGUUAUGCAAGACGCCCUGUACGUAUAUCGAAUGAGUGGAAACAAAAGCAAGAAUAACGUACAUGCAGAGGUACACAUGAAGAACUGUAAGCGUGUCCACAGCAUAAUGAAAACUGUGGACAUGUACAGGCCUACAUUUAUCCCUGAAUGCAUGUUAUUCUUUUGCUUCCAUUCAUUCAAUAUGUAUUGUGUGCCUGUGAAAAAAAAAUGGCUGUGGCUUAGGUAAGGUUAAGCCCAGGAUGCGAAGCAUACUAGCCUUUAUUUUAGUUGUUGAACCACUGUUUAGCCUGGUGAACUGCUGUUGCUUGGGUAUAUUUGGUUCGGCUAGACGAAGAAACAACUCAUGCAUUACUGCUUCGCCUUCAAGAGUGGAACGCGACAGCGUUCCCGUCGACCCGCCAAGGGGUGUAAGACAAUGGGCUACAGGGCAGCGACUACGCGCCCCGCAUUGGACGCGGUGAGCGUCGAGCAAAGCAGCGUUCGGCGCGGCAACGAAAUGUGCGCCUGAGCAAGAGACGCACGCCUUAGAAACAGCUCGUUUCUAAGGCAACACCGCAUUCACUAGAGGCGCUUUUGUACCGCUUUGAAGCAUCGUACUCGUGGCUCAGUGGUAGCGUCUCCGUCCAACACUCCGGAGACCCUGGUUCGAUUCCCACCCAGCCCGUCUUGCAAGAGUUGAGCCAAAGCCACUUCUCCUCUGUCGUGACGUCACGGUGUCACGUGGUUUCAAGGCGACACCGCCGCGCCUGAGGAGCUGGGUUGAGCUCUCGUAAUAUGCUUCGCAUAAAAAGAACGAUCUGUUUUUGAAACUAGCAUCAUGUGCGUGUUGCACUGCACUUUCUAAUCAUGAAUCUGAAUCAACUAGCUUGCCAACAUGCUUUAGCCUUAGAUCAGGAAAAGCAGAUGCCUGCCUUUCAGGCUGCAUACAUCUCCUUGAAAACCCUUGAAUUUGGAGAAGGAGAUCCAAGGGCUCUUAAAUCUUUAAAAUAAAUGCGCUUCUUGAAUCCCUUGAAGACUUGUAGUUGAGGGCGAACAUUCAGAGUAACAAACUCCGCAUAGGGGAUGUGUGACGGACACCAUCUGUCAAGAAGCAGUCCUAGACAUAUUGAGAGUGUCACCAAAUGACGGUAAUGUGCCACCAACGCCAGGCCUGUUUAAAUUGCCAUCGGGGAGCUAGACAAAGUCAGAUCAAGUAACCAAGCUGUGCCACCAUUCUGUUGUGUUGUUGGUUCACGCUGCAGCCAUCAUGGCUCCACUUCCGAGACCUUUAAGCUCUAGAAAUGCCUGGUAGAAAAUCAGUUUGAACCGUAUGGCUUUAACGCCCUAAAUAUAUUUGGCUGAAAGCCUCGAGAGGAUAUUUCACUGAUUUGCGGUGUAUGUGUAUAAAUAGGCUUUGUUCCCCCUUUCUUGAAUUCUUGCCUUCGGCAUCCUUGAAUUGGCCUUGAACUUUAAGCCGAAUGUUUCAUAUGAACGAUGGUGCUUCUCUUGUAGUUUUGCGAUACCCUUGGGUGAAUGACUAUCAUUUCCUCUCAUCCCAUCAUCAAAUGAGCGCAGCUCCUGAAAAGUAAAAUAUCAAAGACAAUGUGGUUCAUAUCGACCAUGCAUCAGUCAUUGAUCUGGCUGGACAGCUUGAGGUGCUAACUCUCGGGUGGGGGAAAAUUUCCCCUUUCAUGGUUUUAUCAAUAAGUGCUUUUGAAGAGCACAGUCCAGCCACUGUGACCACGCCGACUUUUUCACUGUCUUUCGGGGUUGACCUAUUUUGGCAAAAAACCCACUGAGCACACGUGCCAAACUCCUGGGAAGGAAGGCGAAGAAAUCUUCACUUUAUAAUAAAGAAAUUAAGCGCUCUGAUAUUUGUUGCACUUAGGGUACUUAGGUACAGUCUGUUGUUACGUUGCAUAAAUCUAGGUAGAACAUAGCCGGUCACCAACUUAUUUGUAUAAGGCUAGUACAGGUGGCUGCAUUAGCUUAUUCAUCUGUCUUGCAACCAUUCCAUCGUCCACUCAGUGAGAAAUGGACUCGCUCGUGCCAAACCUGUCACGCUUGCCGCGUGUCUUGUCCAGUCAGCUGGUUUUGCAUUAAAAAUGCCAUUUCCAACCAACGGCCUUCAAAAGUGUCUGAAGUGGCAGAAAAGCUAUUGCUUAAAAUUUUGACGAGACGCGUUUGCUUCAUGUUGCUGCUGACCACUGUCGAACUAAGUGAAAAUAGAACUCGCUAUGCUCAACUUUUGCAGUGACGAUGAUGUCACUGACACCUACUCGCUGUUGGAGUACAUGCAUUUUGAAUCUUUUUCCUUCAGAGAUGUGAAUAAUGGAGUGAGUGGGCCAAGCUCGUGGAUAUUUGAGAGCAACUACUGUUGAACUAAUCCGUGCUCAUUUAUGUUGGCUGCUUCUGUCUAGUCAAGGCCAACCCAUGGGGACAACCCACAAAUGUAGACUGCGCAUACAAAAGAUGCUGCAGCUGUUUUUCACUAAAUUGUGUUUCUGCGGUGCGAUGUAAUUAAAGGAAGCCAUCAGCAUUGGAAAUACAAAGUAAGAAAAUUAUCUUUUUAGGUAAGAAUUGUCGGUAAUAGAAAUACUGAAGGGGGUUAGACACUUGAGAAGGGACAUUGAACAUGACUAGGCACAGACAUUAACAACAGGUCUUUUUUUUUUUCCGAGUUCUGUUGUUGUGUUUAUGUACAAGUAAACGAGAAGGAAGGGUAUUAACCGAGGGGCCUGAUCUUUUUUUAUUAGUCAUAUCGUAAGAAGCCAACAAGCACUGACACCCAGGACAACACAGGGGAAAUUACUUGUGCUUAAUAAAUGAAGUAAAGAAACGACAAACUAAUGGAAAAUGAAAGUGGAUGAAAAACAACUUGCCGCAGGUGGGGACCAAACCCACAACCUUUGCGCUUCACAGUUCGCACGCGAAAUGCUAAGGUUGUGGAUUCGGUCUCCGCCUGUGGCCAGGCGUUUUUUCAUCCACAUUCAUUUUACAUUAAUCUAUUGUUUCUUUACUUCAUUUAUUAAGCACAAGUAAUUUCCCUAUGUUGUCCUUGGUGUCAGUGUUUGUUGGCUUUUAAUGUACAAGUGUGAUUUUAGGUUGGAAAUUGUCUAAGGACAUAGACCAUUUGAACUUUCUCCUGUGAAGCUUAAGGAGUAUAAGUGUGAUUUUUUUUGUGUGUGUGUGUGUUUGCAUUGUGUUGUACAUAUAUGUUCCUGUUAUGACCUUAACUAUUCCUGUGACAUGUGCAUUGCAGCUCCUGCUGCUUCUUUGGUAACAUACCAAUGAUCUCACUUUCUCAUGUGUGUUCACCGCGGUGAGUGCCAUCCUAUCAUUUUUAACAGUUUGCACUUUCUUUGGUUCGUGAAUGGCGAGUUCCACUUUAUA